UAUUUACUAAGAGUUUAUCUGAAAAAGCAUAGUAUAUGAAAGAAAAACGUUUUUUGAAACCUUUUUUUUGCUUUUCUAAAGAAAAAUAAAAAACAUAUAAAUAAAUAUAUAUAGUUGUACAGAAAAUCGAUUUAUAGUAGAAAUACGAGAAACUGCGACAAUUAAUAUUUCGGACCAAGAUCAGAAACAGACAUUUACUCUUCGUUAUUCAGAAGAGAUUUUUUUUACAUUUUGGCCGAAUUUGAACUUUCGCAUUGAGGCAAGGGAAUUAUAAAUAAGCAUGAUGACAAACGGUUUGGACUCAAGUGUUGUGGGUCAGCAUAAUGGAGGAGGCGGAGCAGGAACAAACACCACGCAGGAGGAAUCAAAAACUAAUCUCAUCGUCAAUUAUUUGCCACAGACGAUGACACAAGAAGAAAUCCGAUCGCUUUUUUCGAGUAUUGGAGAAGUUGAAAGCUGCAAGCUGAUAAGAGACAAAGUUACAGGACAAAGUUUGGGAUACGGAUUUGUCAACUACCAUAGGCCAGAAGACGCUGAAAAAGCAAUUAACACAUUAAAUGGACUUCGUCUACAAAAUAAAACAAUUAAGGUGUCGUACGCGCGGCCGAGUUCCGAGGCGAUCAAAGGCGCCAAUUUGUACGUGUCAGGUCUGCCCAAAAACAUGACCCAACAAGACUUGGAAGCUCUUUUCAGUCCAUAUGGUCGCAUCAUAACAUCUCGCAUACUAUGCGACAACAUCACAGUACGUCAAUUUGUGACUGGUUCCGGAGAAAAUGUGCCUGGGUUGUCAAAAGGUGUCGGUUUCAUCCGAUUUGAUCAGCGCAUGGAAGCCGAACGUGCUAUUCAGGAACUCAAUGCUACUAUACCCAAAGGAUCGACGGAACCAAUUACUGUUAAAUUCGCUAAUAAUCCCAGCAACAACAACAAAGCUAUCCCACCGCUCGCAGCGUACCUAACGCCGCAGGCGACAAGACGAUUCGCGGGGCCAAUCCACCAUCCGACAGGAAGAUUUAGGUAUUUGAACCAUGGUAGAUACUCGCCACUGGCCGGAGACCUAUUGGCCAACUCCAUGUUGCCGGGUAAUGCGAUGAACGGUUCGGGUUGGUGUAUAUUCGUGUACAACUUGGCGCCUGAGACCGAGGAGAAUGUGCUGUGGCAACUGUUCGGGCCCUUCGGUGCCGUUCAAAGCGUCAAAGUCAUCCGUGACCUGCAAACCAAUAAGUGCAAAGGCUUCGGUUUCGUCACGAUGACGAACUACGAUGAAGCGGUUGUGGCGAUCCAAUCAUUGAACGGCUACACACUCGGAAAUCGAGUACUUCAAGUCAGCUUCAAAACUAAUAAGAGCAAAACCGCAUAAGGCAGCCGAA